UUUACACUAGCAAAUAUUCACUUUAAAAACACCGAACAAGCAUCACGCAAAAAUUCAAACAAUCCUCGUCUACGGUAAUAAUAAAAUAUUAAGCGCCAAAGAAACAACUAAGUAAUUUGCAUCAAGAAAAUACAAAAUAAUAGCUUUAAAACAAAAUUCUUAUUUUGGUGAAGUGAUUCCGCAAAUCCAACUCUCAAUUAUUUUUUCUAUAACUAUUGUUAAGUAGGCUAAAAGAAAACAAACAGAAAAAUGUCAGAUCGCAAAGCUGUUAUCAAGAAUGCUGAUAUGAGCGAAGAAAUGCAACAGGAUGCUGUUGAUUGUGCGACACAGGCAUUGGAAAAAUAUAACAUUGAAAAGGACAUUGCCGCCUUCAUCAAGAAAGAAUUCGACAAAAAAUACAAUCCCACAUGGCAUUGUAUUGUAGGAAGAAAUUUUGGAUCCUAUGUGACACAUGAAACACGCCACUUCAUCUACUUCUACUUGGGUCAAGUGGCUAUCCUGUUAUUCAAGAGCGGUUAAAUUAGUUUGAAAUAGAAAUCCAUAAUAAAAACCAAUAUAACAACAACUACAACAACAAAACCAAGAAAACUUAAAAAUAAAACAACAAAAACAACACAACACACAUGACGAAAUCAUAUUGUUGAACCAACAAAAUUCCACAAAAGCAUAAAAACAAAGCUAAGCUAUAUUUUACAAUAAGUGUAGAAGAAUACAAACAAGCAAGCGAGGAUAAAAUUGAGGGAAAAGUAUAGGAAUAUAAAAUUAAUAAAAAAAAAUAAUAGUAAAAAUUUUCAUCCCAGAAGAAGCAAAUCUCUCAUACCACGAAAAGACACUAUUACUUUUCUAUAGAAGAAAAAUGAAAAACAACAAAAAACAAAUUAUUUAAUAUUGUUUUUGCAUUAUCAGAACAGAAGCUACUUGGCCUGGUCCAACAUGGCCAAUAUUUGGAGUUCCUUUUUUAGUUUUCUUUUAUUAAUACAAAAGAACAUUAAUAUGUUUAUAAUUUUCCCCAGAUAGAUGUACACCAAUAUUCACUUUUACACAGCCAUACGAACACAGGUUAACACAUUUUUUUAUUUAUACAAUUCUGCAAAAUUUUAAGUAUUUUUGUAAUUGUAAUAAAAAAUAAAAUUAAAAAAUCCCCACAAAAAAAAAAUAAUAAUUACAGAAACAGCAUGAACUUUUUAGCUGUUUUUAAUGUUACACCUUAUCCACGCAGUUUCUUAUUUUUCCUCAUAUAACUAAGUUUAUUUUCAAAGUAUUAAUAAAACAAUUAUGGCCAUCCACUUAUACAAAAUAAUGCAAAAAAAAGGGAAAAAAGAAUAAAAAUCAUUACCAUUUAGAGGAAUAUUAUAUAUUUGAAACUAACAGGCAAACAAAAUGAAAAUUCCUGACUCCUACUACAGCAGCAGAGAACAAUGAAAGAAGGGACAACAAGUCAUUUCCACAACCAACAACUUUGACUAAAAGUUUUUCCUUAGUUACAGCAUUUGACGCCUUUCACAUAGAACUUGAAAAUUAGGACCAGAAUAAGAAUAAUAAUAUGUACUUAAUAUUAUUUAUGAUUUCAUCAACUACCCAACCCCCACGUCUUAGAGGAAGAAAUUAAAAGGCGAGUUUUUCCAAUUUAAACAAAUAUAAAUGUGGUGCUGUACUAAUAUGAAACUUUUGAAUCCCAAGUGUAUACAUCUUUUUUAACAGUUAGGUUUGCUUUUAAUAAAAGUUAUAUUUAAAAUUUAAAUGUUAAA